UAACAAAAUUGUUCUUUUGUAUGUGAAAUUUCGUGUCUCCUUCCGGUUUGUGUGUUCAUACUUAUCCUAUUGAAAGUCUAUCCAUUAAGUCCUCAAAUAUUCCAAAUUUGGAACUCCUUCACAAGUAAUUCUGGUUUGUCAUAGGCAACAUGGAACUUCUUCAGUUCUCUUCACCGGACACGGUUGCUGGAAUCUUCGCCCUCAUCAUCUUUCUCUAUGCUCUAUUCAAGAUAUAUAAAGGAGGAGUCGGAGCUCGUCAUCGGAAGCGACUGCCACCGGAAGUCGGUGGCGCAUUGCCGCUGAUUGGCCACCUCCAUCUUUUAGCUAAAAAUGAACCAGCUCACAAAACGUUUGCCAAAAUGGCUGAUGCAUAUGGGCCAAUUUUUACGUUGAGAUUGGGUUUGUACACAAACUUGAUUGUGAGCAAUUGGGAAAUAGCGAGAGAGUGUUUUACUACAAACGAUAAAAUCUUUGCCUCUCGUCCAAAGCUCGUGGCCUCAAAGUUGUUGGGGUAUGACUAUGCCAUGUUUGGGUUGAGCCCAUAUGGUCCACACUGGCGCCAUGUUCGCAAGUUAGCCAUGCUCGAACUAUUGUCGAACUAUCGCCUGGAGAAGCUCCAACACAUAAGGGUAUCCGAGGUCCAAACUUCGAUGAAGAAUUUGUACGAGUUAUGUCUAAAAAAUAAGAAGAAUGCAUUGGUGGAGAUGAAGACAUGGUUUGGAGAUAUAACUCUAAACACCAUUUCUAGGAUAGUGGUUGGAAAGAAAUUCUCGACCGCCGUGUAUGCAAGUAAUAAUGAAAACGAAGAAUGUCGGAAGGCGUUGAGGGAUUUCUUCGAAUGGUUUGGAGUAUUUGUUCCUUCAGAUUCGUUUCCAUUUCUAAAGUGGUUGGAUUUGGGUGGACAUGAGAAAGCCAUGAAGAAGACUGCCAAAGUUCUUGAUGAGGUGUUUGAUAAAUGGAUUCAAGAUCAUAAAAAUAAUUUGGGUGAAGUGAAGAUGGAAGAACAUGACUUCAUGGAUGUGAUGCUUUCUAACGUUAGAGAUGACGGACAACUUUCUAAAUACGAUGCUCAUACUGUCACCAAAGCUACAUGUUUGAGUCUUAUAUUGGCUGGAUCUGACACUACAACAGUUACAAUGAUAUGGGCUCUUUCUUUACUUCUUAACAAUCAAGAAGUACUUAAGAGAGCUCAACUUGAAUUGGACGAACGUGUUGGGAGACAAAGACAAGUGAAAGAAUCCGAUGUAAAGAACUUACUGUAUCUUCAAGCUAUUGUGAAAGAAACAUUACGUUUAUAUCCAGCAGCGCCAAUUCUAGUCCCUCAUGAAUCAGUUGAUGAUUGUGUCGUCGCUGGUUACCAUAUUCCGGUAGGAACACGAUUGAUAGUGAAUGUUCAAAAGCUUCAAAGAGACCCACAAAUAUGGGAGGAUCCUUGUGAGUUUCGACCAGAAAGAUUUUUAACAAGUGCAAAGGAUUUUGAUGUUAGAGGACAGAAUCCCCAGUUAAUACCAUUUGGAAGUGGUCGACGAAUGUGCCCUGGAAUCUCGUUUGCUCUACAAGUGAUGCAUUUAGCACUUGCCAAUUUACUUCAUGGGUUUGAAAUUAGUAGGCCAAGUAAAGAGUUUCUGGACAUGGAGGAGAGUGCUGGAAUGACGAGUAUUAGAAAGAAUCCACUUGAAGUUGUUUUAACUCCUCGCCUUCCACCUCAUGUUUAUGAAUGAUAAGUUCUAUAGUGAACGAAAUUGAAUCAACAGAGAGUGGUAGAAAAUUUAACAGAUACUAUAGCGUUUUUGCUGUGACCAAUAAAACAAUGGAGUUUGUGAUAUAGUAAUCGUUUAAAAUUUAAUUACUUUGAGAACAAAGCUUAAUGAAAAUCUAAGCAUUGUUAAUUUGUUUGAA